AUGUGGAUAUCACACUCAAUCAUUUCCAUCAUGAACAUGAGCUACUGCACUGAAUCCAACUAUUUGGACACUUCAGAAUUUCAAUCUUUAUUCCUUCAUUUCUUCGGAUUCUUCGCAAUACCGGUUCACAUCCUAGGCGCAUACUGCAUACUAUUCAAAACUCCACCAGCAAUGAAUUCUGUAAAAUGGGUUCUGUUAAAUUUCCAUUUAUGGAGUUGCUUUCUGGAUUUCGCGUUGAGUUGGUUAACUACUCCAUAUGUUAUAUUUCCAGCACUUGCUGGUUAUCCUCUAGGAGUUUUGAAAACUUUGGGAAUUGGCGUCGGAGAGCAGAUUCUCUUUAUCAUGGCUACAGUUGGAGUCCUACUGGUAGCAAUGGUUUUGAUCUUCGAGACCCGUCUCCUGGUCCUUUUUGACUUUCAACAUUGGUGGCGGCGUAUUCGAAUUCCUUGGUUCAUUCUAGACCACAUCGUUGCUAUAGUCUACUUCAUUCCACUCUACAAUAGAAUUCCAGAUCAGUCAAUUCUGAAAGAAAUAAUCAUACUUCGUGUGAAAUGUGUUCCAGUCUACGUCGACAUGAAUUCAAUGUACUUAUUCUCAAAUGUAAAAGUAGUCCCAACAACAAUUGUGUCUCUUAUUAUGGCUUUUUAUAUGUAUCAAGUACUCAUAUUCACUUCCCUCACUGCUUGGUUUCUUAACAAACAAAUGAAGAGGAGCAUAUCUAAAAACACAAUAAAAAUACAAAAGAAAUUCCUCAUUGCAUUAGUUUUACAGAUGGUAAUUCCAGCCCUCAUAAUGCCUGCUGGUUAUCUCGUGUUUUCCGCUUGGUGUAAUUUUCAUUUCCAGUAUUUCAAUAAUAUUUGUCUGAUUAUUAUAUCGUCUCAUGGUUUUUCAACAACUAUCGCAAUGCUACUUAUUCACACUCCGUAUCGCGAGUUCUUGUUGGGUGGCUCCAGGUUUCGGACGAGAUUUCGAAGUGAGAAGAAGAAUUCUGUGAGAGAUAUGAUGACUACUGGAGUAACUCGUAAUUAG